AAGAUUGAGUAAAUUUUGGAACACAGCAUCUGUCAGCUCUAGUGGCUCUGUGACGUAAUCGGUUGCUUUUCGGCGGAUGCCGCUCGAGCAGUUUGUGUGCAUUUGUGUGCACCGAGCAAAAUGGCGGUGGCAGCUGAGGGAAGCGGCGCGUAGUCGGGGUAUGGGGGUUGCGAACCGAGCCUUGUGUCGUACAAUGCACCUCCGACUGGCUGCGUGGGCGGCAGCACGCGAGCGCAGUGUCCGCUAGCCGCAACAUGGGCGGUAAACAGAGCACGUCGUCGAGCGGCCGGCCGUCCCAGCCGGGAGCUGGCGACAGUCGAGCGGCGGCAGGCCCACUGGCAUCCCUGCUGUCUCCGGUGUCGACGAGCAGCGGCGACCCCCGGCUACGUGCGCGUAGCCUGUCCAGCGUGCUCAGCAUCCCGGCCCCCUCGCAGAGUCCCGAGUCGCCGGUCGAGUCGGGCUCCAGCACGCCGGACGGCACGCCGUUUGGACGUGUGUUCGCAGCCCACUCUCUGCCCGUGCACUUGGUCUCCUUCAACGGCAUCAAGUGCCCAGUCUGCUCCAAGUUUGUCCUGCCCGACGACGUGGAGUGCCACCUGGUGAUGUGCUUGACCAAGCCCCGCAUCAGCUACAAUGAUGAUGUGCUUCUAGAAGACAAGGGUGAGUGCGUCAUCUGCCUAGAGGAGCUGGCUACGGGUGACAACAUUGCCCGCCUGCCCUGUCUCUGCAUCUACCACAAGAGGUGCAUCGACGCCUGGUUUGAGGUGAACCGGUCGUGCCCCGAGCACCCCCUGGACUGACCCUGGGGCCACGUGCCUUUGUGCCUGGGGUGGGGCGCCGGCGGGAGGCCCCAGGAGGGCCGCUGUGAUAUUCUCGGCUGGCCGCCCGGGAGGGCCAGUCUCCCGCGGGCCUCGCCAGGCUGGGCCAGUGCGUCGGGCUUUCCCAGAGUGCAAUCGAGUUCUGUUACUCCACCCGGAGUUAUCUUAGUUUAUGGGAGGACAGAUGAUAUAUUUACACGCUGGUUUCUCGCAUUGUGUGUGCUUUCGAGCAUCGGGGAAUUUGUAAAGUUGGAAACCUUUCUACGAUGCGCUUGGGUGGAAAGAAAAAACGCCAGUAUAAAUUGCUGCCAUAGCAAAUUGCAAGUAACUGCUUGUAUAGCAUGUGUGCGAAUGUGGUUCCUUUUUGUUUCGUUGUUUUUUCGUACAAACACUAUGAAAAUAAAGAUUAUUGCGCAUUUUUUUAAACUUUCA